AUGGAUUCACAAACACUUGACACACUAGCAGCUCUUGAGGCUGCAAAUGAGCAAAUGGAGGUUGAUGAUGAUGAUGAAGCAGAAACUCAAGGACAAGCACAAAGUGAAACUCAACCUGUUCAAGCAACUGAAACUGUGAGUCAUUCUAAACGCGCAAAGUCUCUUGUUUGGAACCAUUUCGUAGUAGUAGGAGUAGAGGCAGAUGGAAAAAGAAGGAGUCGUUGCAUUCAUUGUAAUAAGAAGUUAGUAUCAGAAUCUGCCUCAGGAACAUCUUCUAUGAAACGGCAUUUAGAAAUCUGUCCCAAAAAGCCUCCGUCAAGUGGUGAUCGUGAGUAUGAUCCGAAAGUAGAUCGUGAUAUGAUCAGUGAGAUCAUUAUUUUCCAUGAUCAGCCUUUCAAAUACGUUGAGUAUGAGAAGGUUAGAGCUAGGGACAAGUACCUGAAUCCCAAAUGCCAGCAUAUAUCUAGACAAACUGCUGGAGCUGAUGUCUAUAAGAGAUAUGAGGAAGAAAGAGAGAAGCUGAAGAAAGAGUUAGCAGAAUUCAAGGGUCGGGUAUCUUUUACCUCAGAUAUAUGGACAGCUUCUACUACUAUGACGGGAUAUAUCUGUCUGACAGCUCACUAUGUUGAUGAGAGCUUCAAGUUGAACAACAAGAUACUAGUCUUCAGUGAGUUGAAACCUCCACAUACUGGUGAAGAAGUGGCUAACAAACUUAUUAGCUGUUUGAAGGAGUGGGGAUUAGAGAAAAAGGUCUUCUCUAUGACCUUGGAUAAUGCUACUUAUAACGAUAGUAUGCAGAAGAUACUCAAGCAUCGACUUCAAAUGGCUAGCGGCAACGGGUUGUUGUGUGAUGGGAAGUUCUUCCACGUUAGAUGCUGUGCACACAUUUUGAAUCUCAUAGUGAAAGAAGGUUUAGAACUUGCUGUUGGUCUUCUGGAAAAUAUCCGAGAGAGUGUUAAGUUUGUCAAAGCAUCUGGAUCAAGGAUAGAAGCAUUUGCAGCAUGUGUUCAGAGUGUAGGGAUUAGGAGUGGAGCUGGACUGUCUCUAGAUGUACCAACCAGAUGGAAUUCAACUUAUGAUAUGCUUGCUAGAGCUCUGAAGUUUCGUGACGCAUUCACUAGUUUGAAAGAGUGUGACAGGAGUUACAAAUCAUUGCCUUCAGAGGAUGAGUGGGAUCGAGGGCAGAAAAUUUGUGAGUUUCUGAAGCCUUUCAGCACUAUUACAACGUUCUUCUCAGGCGUUAGAUAUCCAACGGCUAAUGCAUAUUUUCUACAAGUGUGGAAAAUUGAAUGCUUACUGAUGAAGUAUGCUAGUUGUGAUGAUCCAGUAAUGAAAGAGAUGGCUAAGAAAAUGAGAGUUAAGUUUUCUAAGUAUUGGGAUGAAUACAGUCUUGUUCUAGCUAUGGGGGCUGUUUUAGAUCCGAGAUUGAAGCUGCAAAUACUUAGAACAGCUUAUGACAAAGUGGAUCCGAGAAACGCUGAGAAAAAGGUUGAAGUUGUUAAAAAGAAUUUGAAAAAGCUUUAUGAAGACAACACCGACUCCAUAUGA